AUGGUCUACUAUGACAAUGAAUAUGCGGGUGCAAUUUGCUGUCGAAAAGAACCUUCAAAGUAUGCCAAUUUCACAGCAAGGGUGUAUAUGAUGACCCUGGGAGUUCUCAAGAAGUAUAGAAAUGUGGGUUUAGGGAGCAUACUCAUCGAACACAUUGUGGACACCUUGAGAAGACAGAGUGACCCAAUCGUAACAUCAAUCUACCUGCAUGUACAAACAGUCAAUGAAGCAGCAAUCCGGUUUUAUACUCGUAAUGGGUUCCGAAUACAAAGUAUCGUGCCGGAUUACUACAAGUUGAUUGAAAAUAGAGACGCCUAUAUAUUGGUUCGGCCAAUAUUCCACCUGUAUGAAAAUGGCGUCCAGCAGCAACAAGAUCAGCAACUGCAGCAACUGCCAUAUAAUGGGCAUCCUAUAUGA